AUGAGGGAGAUGCUGGGACGACCGCUAUUCAAAUUCUUUCGUUCAUCGACAGCGACCCCUAUGUCACCAUCCUCAUCCACUGAAUAUCAUCAAUUAAAAGAGGAGAAAGAUGAAAGAGAGCGACGCAGUACUCGGAGUACAUCUGAUCCCAUAUGGAUACCUAAAAUCAGAAAAGAAAGCAGUUCAAGUGAUAAUGCCAUCUGCGAUCAUGAUUAUAUGCUGGUGGAUAUCAAUCAUAGGUUAUGUAAGAGCGCUGAUAACGAAAAGCGUCUACAUGAUGCAAAUAUGGAUCAGUUAGAUCGAGUACCUGUUGAUUUUUCCGCCCCAUCAGGUCCAACGAUUAUAACUGAUCCGGGUGAAGUUGAAGAGAUACUGAUGUGCGGUGAAUCUCGACCCAUUUAUGAGGAUCAUUCCAAAAUUUACGGUCUUGCAUCGUAUUCAAUGUAUCGUGCCGAGCGUUGGUUUCAUCAAAAUGCUGAUAAGAGGAAAGUGGAACGAAUGUUGUUAAGGACUGGAGGAGAGGAUGGUUCUUUUUUGGUACGAGUUGAUGAGCGGAACUGCCUGAUACUUACAAUGUGCCAUCAUCAGAAGGUUUACAACAUUUGUAUUAAUGUUAAAGUUAAAGGACAUAAAACAACAUUUUUCAUUGAAAUACAGCAUCAGUUUUCUAACUUGAUAGAUCUAAUUAAAUAUCAUACCGAGCAUCAAGGUUUAUUGCUACCAUGUAAACUCAGCAGAGGCGUUGCGCUUCGAUGGCCUGACUCCAUAAAGAGAGGUGCAACAAAUCGGUUGUAUGUUGAGGAAGAUUAUUAA